AUGGCUAUUGACGGUCUGAUAAUCCUAGAUCCAGCGGGACGUCCCAUCAUCCAGUCCAGUUACACCACUUAUCCGGCAGCGUACCCCUUACUGCAUAUCGAAGCGUUAAACAACGCGCUAGCAAAGGCUCUGCGGGAGGGUAGCGUAGACCCGGUUAUAUACAUCGGAGAGCUAUCGUGUUCCAGUGCGUGUUGCCAUGUCGAGGUUGGCGGGAUGAGAUUCGUUGCGACAAUAAGUGGAGAUGCGGAUCCCCUCAUUGCAUUCGCCUUUCUCGACUGCUUCAUUGAAAUACUCCAAGACUAUUUUGGCAUAGUCAGUGUUGCAACUCUCAAGGACAACUUUGACAUCGUAUACCAGGUUCGUGGGCACUUCUCGAAGGAAACGCUUGAUUCGUCUGGUCAUCCACUGACAACCUCGCCGAACGCGUUGAGCGAUAUAGUUCUCUCGCCUUCCUUAAUCUCGAAGCUUCUCGCCUCGGUAUCACCAGCUACUCCAGGAGCUAGUUCUUUCGGUUCAAAUGGUGCUGGUGGAGCUUUUACAUCGCCGAUACCAUGGCGUAAAGCUGGGGUUCGGCAUAAUCACAAUGAGAUCCUUUUUGAUAUUGUUGAAGAUAUGCGAGGCAUCGUCGGAAAGAAUGGCGCGACGUUAGUGAGCAACGUUUUUGGCAAAAUUGAGAGCAAUGCAAAACUUUCCGGGACACCCGACCUGACAUUGACAUUCGCUAAUCCUAAUGUGAUGAUGGAGUGCGCGUUUCAUCCAUGCGUACGGUUACAGAAAUGGACCCGCGACAACGCCUUAUCCUUUGUACCUCCUGAGGGGCGGUUCAUUCUCGCAGACUAUCAGUAUAGACCACCACAAGGCGCGCUCAUCAGCAACGUGCCCAUGCCACUUUCCCUUAAAGCGAAUAUGGACAUGGGAGAGUUUGGCGGAACGUUUGCGCUCACGCUGACCUCGCGUUCGAUAAAAGUGAUGGAGAAUCUAGAACUGAAAUUCUACCUCGGAGAAGAUGCGACCAGCGCGCAGUGUACAUUAACAAAGGUAUGCUUUGCCACCAGUUCGUUCUGUCCAAAAAAUCACUCCCGUCAGACGCUCCGAUGGGAGAUUCUCAAUAUGCGGUCUUCCGGGAGCUGGAUUCUUCGAGGUUCGUGGACGUCAAAAAUCAAGGCCCCGCGUCCAGCACACGCGUUCCAAAUACGUUUCGAGAUACCAUCCUAUAGCUUCUCUUCGCUCAAGGUCGAUCAGUUGCGGCUCUCAAGCGAGACAUACAAGAUGUACAAAGGAGUGCGGAUGCGCAGCAAAGGGUCGAUCGAGUGGAGAUGGUAG